AUGACUACACAAGAGCUCACGGAACAACAAAUAGGGUUUUUUGAAAGAUGCGAGGAGUGUUACCAUCUAAUCCAGAGCUUCUUAAACGAUACUUUGCCAAAUGGUUUGGUUUCGCCGAGACAUAAGAAGUAUGAAUAUGACCCAAUUCUAAGACACGCUGUAAAAGAAAAGAUCAAAUCAAGCAUGACGAAGUUGGAAAAAUCAAUAGACCUUCACGGGUUGAAGGAAAUUGCAAUAUCGUAUAACGGAGGAAAAGACUGUUUGGUCAUGUUGAUCUUGCUUUUGGCAUCCAUAUACAAGAAAUUUCUCAGCACCCACGAGGCAAAUCGUGGUGGAAACUUCUAUUCCAGUGGAAUUAUACCCCACGACUACAAGCUAGACUCUAUCUAUGUCAAUGCCGAGACUCCAUUCCCUCAAUUGACAGAAUUCAUAAAACAAUCUACGCAAUACUACCACUUGAAUCCGAUUUUUAUAAUAGACUCAAUGAAAUGUGGAUUUGAACACUACUUAAAUGAGAUUAAUACAAACAUUAAAUCAGUCAUAGUGGGAAUUAGGCACACCGAUCCUUAUGGCGCACAACUUCAGGAUGAGCAAUACACAGACAGUGAUUGGCCUAGAUUCUUGAGAAUUCAUCCCAUUUUAGACUGGAAAUACGUGGAAAUUUGGGACUUUUUGGUUGGUUCUGAUGUUGAUUAUUGCACCUUGUAUGACGAAGGUUAUACAAGUUUAGGUGGUGUCAAUACAACUGUUCCCAAUCCAGAAUUAUUGAUUCCCGGUGGUGAAAACAAGUACCUACCCGCAUAUAUGUUGAAAGAUAAUGCUGAUGCCUUGGAAAGGCUAGGUAGAGUGAAGGUUCAACAAUAA